CAAAUCAUCAACAAUUAUUUUUCCUUUCCAACUCACCAAUUAUAUGAACAUCUUAUUUUGACUCUUCAUUCUCUAUCUUCUAUAUAAAUCAAACCACAUUUUCUCUGCACUUCACUACCAUUUCUGAGCAUCAAACACCAAUUAAAUGGCAAUUCAAAGGAACUCAAUGGGUCUUGUUUUCGUUGCGUUAGCGAUGAUCUGGACAGGAGCUGCAGCUCAAUCAAACGAUGACUGCACGAAUGUGUUGGUUAGUAUGUCGCCUUGCCUGAAUUACAUCACGGGGAACUCUUCAUCGCCGUCCUCAGGAUGCUGCACGCAGCUUGGCACGGUGGUUAAAAACAACCCCGAGUGCUUGUGCCAGGUCCUCAACGGUGGUGGUUCCAACCUCGGCCUCAACAUUAACCAGACUCAAGCUCUGGCUCUUCCUACUGCUUGCAAAGUUCAGACUCCAUCAGUCAGCAAAUGCAAUGCCGGCUCCCCGAAUAGUUCUCCUGCUGGAACACCAAGUUCUCCUGGUACAGAAGCUUCAGGGCGUGGAUCUGUACCAUCAUCAGAAGGCGGUUCCAGUGAUGCAACUUUAACCAAGAUGAUUGGUCUUCCUUUCUUCUUCCUUCUCUUCAUUAGUUCUUAUGCUUCAACAUUCACCACCGCCUAACUCCGGAUUAUCAGGUUUUGGGAUCAUAUCAGAAGUCAACUUUCUCACAGAGAUUGAUUUUUUAUUGUAUUUUUGUUGAAUAUAUAUCUGCAACAUUCUCUUGGGGUGCGGCUCUUCCCCGGAUCCUGCGCGAACACGGGAUGCCUUGUGCACCGACCUGCCCAUUAUUGUGAUAUGUAUUAACUAGUUUUUCUUUGUAUUAACAAAUUUGUCGGCCUUUAUUGGAAAUAGCGGGAGUCGGUGGUCCA